AUGAGAUACCUUCCAUUAAUUUCUCUGAUUACUAAGGCAGCUACUUGCAUGGCCAAAGAGCAAGGGAAAGUCAAUGUUGUAACCUUGAGUGGUGUGGAGAAUCUUGAGGAUCCUUCCAGUGUCUGCAGCAAGCUAGGCAUGCAGCCAUUCCUUCUGAGGGCUGAAGACGUGAACCUUGUACUAGGCUCAAUGAGAUCAGCCGGUGUCAGCAGGGCGCACAUUGCUGGAUGGAACCAGGAGAGGAUCAGUAUGGUGAUAGGAACUGAGUCAGGAGAUGUCACCCCAAGGGAUCACAACAACAGGACAAACAGUGUUCUUUGCUUAAGCACUGGAAACUCCUGCCCUGCACCUGCCCCUGCGCCUGCACCUGUUCAGCCAGAGUGCCCAGCAUGCGUGACUCCUUGCCCUGUGCUUCCAAGGCCAGGAUGCAACGAGAAUGCAUGCCCUGCACCAUGUGUAGAGAUCAAAGGAAACGUGUGCCCGCCUGCAUGCUGCAAGCCAACAAAGUGCGUUGUAAAGAGGAGAGUUUCUCCAUGCGACUCCCCUUGCAUAAGAAACUACAGGCACAAGAAAGUCUACAUGAUUGACGAGCUGUCUCUGUUCUGUGGCCCGUUCAUCAGAAUCGUCGAGACCAGAUGCAGGCCUCACAGCAGGGAAAUAAUCUGGACUGUUUCCAAGUCAUUCCCCUUCCACACUGGCCUGCUCCCAAUUCCAACCAUUCUGAGAAACGCCUCUUUACUGCACAAGGCCCUUUGCGAGGCAAGAGACAAGUUUAGCGUGUGCGGAUGUGUCUGCCUGUUCAUAGACCACUUCAACAACAUAUACAUUGCUGUGGGAGACGACUACUACCAGGUAAUGCCAACCAGGCCGUGUGGACCGUGCCCUCCUCCAUUCCCAUGGAGAGGACCCAGAAGAUUCCCAUUCCCAGACCAGUUCCCAUUCCCAGGACCCUUCCCAGGGCCGUUCCCAGACCAGUUCCCAUGCUCGCCAUGUGGACCAAGGUAUGCGCCAGUCAACUGCUCGCCAUGUGCUCUGCCAGUGAAGUGCGCGCCUGCCAAGAACGAGUGCGAGAAGCCGUGCCCUCCAAUGUUCACAUUCUGCAAAGUGUCAUGUGAGCAUAUGGUUCAGGUGAGAAGACGAGGACUGUACGCAGUUAUCUUCUCUAGAAAUCUAGACUUCUACUAG